CUCCUGCCAAAAGGAUGGCGGACAUUUACUAAGUAUACAUGAUAUUGAGGAAUACAGCUUUGUUUUUUCUCAGCUUGGCUAUGAAUCAACAGAUAAUUUGUGGGUAGGCCUAAAUGACCAGAAGACUUUUUCAUAUUUUGAGUGGAGUGAUGGUACUACAGUGAGAUUCAUCAAAUGGCAGAAAGGAGAACCCACACUUAUAAGCAACGUGCAGGAAGACUGUGUCAUCAUGACUGGGAAGAAUGGAUACAUGGCGGAUUAUUUCUGUGAAGAGGAAUUAGGAUACAUCUGUAAAAAAGAACCUUCAGAAUUUCUUUCUGGAACAGAUGAAGUUGCUGAUCCAAAGUGCCAGAAAGGCUGGAAAAGGUAUGGUUUCUAUUGUUACCUAAUUGGAGGGACAUCUGGAACAUUUUCAGAAGCAAAGACAUCUUGUGAAUCUAAACAAGGAUUUCUGAUCUCUGUGGAGAAUAGAUUUGAGCAAGCCUUCCUGACUACACAAAUUGGACAUCGUCCUGAAAAAUAUUUUUGGAUUGGCCUUUCAGAUGUAGUGAAUCCGGGGACUUUCAACUGGACCAAUGGAGAUCCCAUUCGGUUCACUCACUGGAAUGCAAAAAUGCCUGGCCCAAAUCCUGGCUGUGUUGCCAUGAGAACGGGAGAUGCUGCUGGACUGUGGGAUGUUGUCAAUUGUGAGGAGACGGCCACGUUCCUUUGCAAACAAUUGGCUGAAGGGGUGACACCUCCUCCAAUCCCAGAACCAACACCCCCUCCCCCAUGUCCUGAAGGAUGGACUGCAAGUCUAACAAGGAAUGUCUGCUUCAAGGCUUAUAUAAAGAAGAAAGCUGAAAGAAAAUCUUGGUAUGAGGCAUAUGACUUUUGUAAAUCAAUUGGAGGAGACCUGGGUUAUUUUAAUAGUAAGACAGAGGAACGCUUAUUAAACCAAUUAUCAGAACCAGAAGGCUGGAAUGAUUUAAGCGCAAAUUUAAACGGUGCAAAUUUAACUUGGAUUGAUGGAACUUUGGUAUACACAUAUGUACCAUUUCAUUGGAUUUCAGAAAAUGAAUAUGAUGAAAGAUGCAAAAUAAUAUGGGGAGAAACUGGAUCCUGGUCACCGUUUCCAUGUCAUGGGUUAUUGAAUUGGAUUUGUCAAAUUACAAGAGGUACACCCUUGAAUCCAGAAACAAGCGACAACUUCGAAAAUUCUUUUACAAGAAUUGAAGAUGGCUGGAUUGAAUAUGGAAACAAUGAAUAUUAUUUCAGUAAUACAACAAUGCCUGCAGAAAAAGCCAGGAAGUUCUGCAAACAACAUGGUGGCGAUCUUACCAUCAUUGAGAGUAAAGAAGAAAAAAUAUUUUUGUGGAAAUAUGUAAGAAAUAUAGGUUUAUGGCACGAUAUAAACUGUGGUCAUGAGAAAAGCUUCAUCUGCGAGAGACACAAUAACUCUAUCCGGACAACUGCAGCACCCACAUUACCCUCAACACCAAAAGGGUGCAGUGAAGGCUGGCUUUGGUUUAAUGAAAAGUGCUUUCAAAUAUUUGGCUUCAAAGAAGAGGAGAUGAAAAACUGGACCGAUGCACGUGAUCACUGCAAAAACCUAGGAGGAAACCUAGCUUCUAUACCAAACAAAGCUGUUCAAGGGGAAGAAGCAAGGAAGAAAUGUGAAUCUGAAAAUGCAAAACUUGCCACCAUUGUAGACCCCUAUGCAGAAUCAUUCAUAUGGCUGCAAGUGCUCCAACAUAAGGAGCCUGUAUGGAUUGGACUAAGCAGCAAAGAGAGUGAUGCUAGGUACAAGUGGAUUAGUAACUGGAAGGUAGUGUACACUAACUGGGCUGACGAAGAACCAUUGCAUAAGGUAGCCUGUGUCUACCUAGACACUGAGGGUUAUUGGAAAACAGGAAAUUGCAGUGAAAAGUACUUGUCUGUUUGCGAGAGAUAUUAUGGUGUAGUGCCAACUGAGAUUCCACAGUUGCCAGGAAAAUGCCAAACCUCCAAAAACAGCCGUAUAUCUUGGAUACCUUUUAGAGGUCAUUGCUAUAAAGUUUAUGUUUUAAAGAGAUCUUGGCCAGCAGCAGUUCUGAUGUGUACUCAGAUAGGUGGUGCCUUGACUUCAGUUGAAGAUUCAGAUGAAUUACAAUUUUUACAGGAACAAAUGGGAAAACUUGAAUAUACAGAUUUUUGGAUAGGCUUGUUCAAAAAUAUGGAUGGAGAAUGGUUAUGGCAAGAUAACAAUGAAGUUGCUUUUGUCAACUGGAAUGAAUCAGAAUUAAAAUUUCUACAGUCUGAUAGUGAAGAGGACAAAGCAGAUCUUAACAAGUGCAUUUACAUGAAUAGUGAUUCUGGGAAAUGGUUCGUCGGGCACUGCCAUUAUUAUGAAAUGAGAUCAUUUAUUUGUAAAAGAAACAAAAUUAUUGAAGAAUCAACUCUAAAGUCUACAGCAAUAUCAGGGCAGAAAGGAGUGGCACCUCUACCAACACAUGGCACAACUGUGAUGAUAGUUAUCCCAAUUAUCUUCAUAGUCAUAGGUGCAGGAAUUGCGGCCUAUAUUUUCUAUAGAAGAAGAAACAGAGCACAACAAGUCUCUGCUGGAUUUGACCAUUCUUUGUAUAGUGACAAUGUGGUUACUCUUCAUAAGGAUUCACAACCUCUUGUAGACAGCGAAGAAUUAAAUUAACAUGGCACAGUUGUGAUGAAAGUUAUCCCAGUUAUCUUCAUAUGCAUCGGUACGAUACAGAAUUUUCAUUCUAUAUUUUCUACAAAAAAGAAAUAGACCACAUGUCUCUGCUGGAUUUGACAAUUAUUUGUAAAGUGACAACAUUAUUAUUCUUCAUAAUGAUUCAUAAUCUCUUAUACAGAACAAAUAAUUAAAUUAACAAAUACUGCUACAGUAUCCCAUUGGAUACUAUACAUUCAAAAUUAAAUGUAUUGGAUUA